GCAGUGUGUGGGUUUAGUAGGUGUUUAUCCUGACCUGGUGUGACUAUAAUAAAGAAAAGUAACUGAUCCAGUUAUGAUGGUAGUCAAUUAUCGCAGUAUGUUACAUUGCAUUAUAAAGAAGUGAGGCCACAUUGUUUUUGGUCCAGAUGUGGAUUGAGUUGAUUUGGAGUUGAUUUAUACUGACCUGAUGUGGCACUUAUAAUGAGAAGUAAUUAUUUUUAAAUCCAUUCAGUUUUAUUUUUAGUCUGUGCUUUCAGAAUGGUACUUAAGUUUCAUAAUAUUUUCAGCAUGGAUUCUGUUGAUUUGGAGAUGAUUAAUACUAUAAUAAUGAAAAGUAACAGAACGUAUCCAGCUUUGUUAUACAUUUGUUAUAUAAAGUGUAUUGCAAAAAUCAUCGUAAAAAAUCAUCAUACAGUUUCACAAUACGCAAUAAAUAUGGAACGAUUCACCUGAAAACUCAUCACGCAAUGUAAUAAGCUGGAACUGUUGAAAAAAUUACUAGUGCCCCAUUUAAGUUCCACAUAUUGCACUGCUCUAAAUUCAGUUAGACAUGAUUAUUGUCCUUUUGGUAAUAAAACAUGCAGGUGAUAAGUGUUCUGUAAGUACUGUUGAUAUCCAUGAUAUGCAGUAAAACACAUUGUGGCACAUUUUAUCACGAUAAAGAAUAAAUAUCAUCUUUUUGCCCGGCCCUAAUUCAACAUAUAUGUUGAAAUAUACUGACAACAUAUAACAAUACGUUUAAUCUCCAUGUGGGAUAAUGGAUGGAUGCAAGAGAUCCAUGUUGUUUUUGGUCGAAAUGUUGAUUUGGAGGUAAUUAUACUGAUCUGGUUUGACAGCAAUAAUGACAAGUAAUUGAUUCUAAAUGCAUUCAAUUCUAUUUUUACUCUGGUGAAUGCUAGAAUGAUAUAGAAGCUCCUUAAUGAAUGAAGAGAGUGCACAUUGUUUUUGGUCCCAGUGUGCACUGUGUUGAUUCAAAGCUGGUAUGACAGUAAUCAUAACAGAAAAUUAAUAGGUUUAAAAUGCAUGUAUUUCUGUUUUUGGUGAGCGAUUGCAGAAUGAUAUAAAAGGUAUAUACUAUAUGUGUUCAAAAUGCAUCAAAAUGCAUGAUAUUUCUACUUAUUGGAUUUUAUAUUUCCAUGGAAAAUAUUGGAUGGAUGUCAUGUUGUUGUUGGUACAGAUUCAAAUAACUUGUUAACAGUGUUAACAGUAUAAAACAAACAUUAAUUGAAUGUAUUUAUUCUUCAUUGAAAAAAAUAUCAUCUCCAUGAGAGGGAAAAAAAUCAUCAAAGAGAAUGGCUGGAGCUCGCCAGCAGACAGAGAAGGGAGGGGCAGGCUGCUACAAAGACACAGAGAGAGAGAGAGAGAGAGAGAGAGAGAGAGAGAGAGAGAGAGAGAGAGGUGAUGUCAUCUCUAGGCAGAAGCGAAUCAGAAAACGGAAAAGAGGGAAGGGAGGAGAAAGAGGGGGAUGCUGAAGAGAGAGAGAAAUAGAGAGAGAGGGUGUGUUUUUUCCAUCACUGCAGCAUCAUAGCAGAAGGUGCAGUCUACCCAUUGGAUGGUGGGAGCAGUAGAGAGAGAGAGAGAGAGAAAGGUGUGUCUCACUAGAAGAAAGGACAAGACACCUAUAAAGCAGAAGGGCGUGGACCGGAGAUUCAGAGAAGAUCCAUUUUCUUCAAACACACUCUAGACACACCUACACACACAUCCCGUGUGCCUCCCCUCCCCUCAGCGUGGUGGUGUGUGUGUGUGUGCCCGUGUGUGUCUGUAUGAGUGUGUGGGAGUGACGGACACAGGGUGGACGUUUGAUGGGACAGUGAACAAUGCCUCCAGCGCAGUGUCAGCCAGCAGCCACUAGAGGGCAGCUCAGAGUCCCCAGCCUUCAGCUGCUGUUCUCUGUUUUUCUGCUGCUCCUUCUGGGACAAACCCAAGGAGGCAUCCUUAUACCCAAAGACUAUGUAAUUAACGACCUCAAACAGCCUCCAGUAAUCACGUCUCAGCCAGAGUCUUACACAGCCUUCUACCUGGAUGAUGUUUUUCUGAAGUGUGAGGCCAAGGGUAACCCCGCCCCCAGUUUUCGGUGGGUGAAGGAUGGGGAGUUGUUUGAAGAAGACUCGUUUAGUUCUGGGACUGUCACAGCAGAUGAGAGUGAAGAUCUGAAGUACUACCAGGGGAAGUAUCGCUGCUUUGCCUCAAAUGAGCUGGGAACGGCCAUAUCUGACGUGAUCGAGCUCAUCACGGAGCCCCCUCCAAUCUUGCCAAAAGAAAGGAGAGUAAGAAAGACGGUGAAUGAGGGGGACAGUGUGGUUCUCCACUGUAAUCCACCUAAAAGCUCAGUGGUCCCAUACAUACACUGGAUGGACAAGAAGUUGCUGCAUAUUCGUCAGAGUGAACGUGUCACCAUUGGUCUGGAUGGCAAUCUAUACUUUGCCAAUGUGCUGGCUACUGACACCAGAGACGAUUAUACUUGCAAUGCACAGUACGUCCCCGCCAGAACCAUUUUACCGAAAGAGCCUAUCUCCCUGCAGGUUAACCCAUCUAACAUGGUGGUGAAGAACAGAAAGCCGCGUCUCCACCGGCCCGAAGGCACACGCAGCCACUACCUUGCCCUCCGAGGACAGACCCUGACACUGGAGUGCAUUCCACAUGGCCUGCCCACUCCCACUGUGACCUGGGAGAGAAAAGAUGGCCCACUUUCUCCUGACAGAGCCUCAGUGCAGAAUUUUGAUCGCUGGCUGCGCUUUGAGGAAAUUUUGGAGAGUGAUGAUGGAGAAUAUUCCUGCACAGCCAACAAUUCACAGGGGUCCUUAUUACACUUAUAUACAGUUGAAGUGAAAGCCGCUCCGUACUGGACUAAAAAGCCUCAGAGUCAGCUGUACGCUGCAGGAGAGACGGUGCGGCUGGACUGCCAAGCAGAGGGCAUCCCCACCCCUCAUAUCACAUGGAAAAUCAACGGAGUACCUAUAUCAGAGACGGAUGAAGAUUGGAGGCGGCAGGUUACGGGGGGAACACUGAUUUUGAGUAACGUUCACUACAGUGACACUGCAGUGUAUCAGUGUGAAGCCUCCAAUAUAUACGGAAGCAGCCUGAUCAACACCUACAUCCACAUCAUCGAGCUCCCCCCUCAGAUGCUGACUGAAGAUGAGGAGAUUUACAGAGUGACAGAGGGCAGUUCUGCUUCCCUCAACUGCAGCACCUUCGGCUCUCCACGACCGAAGAUCAGCUGGGAAAGUAAUGGAGCAGAACCGGUUCUGUCCAACCCUAAAAUGUCCCAGAUGACCAACGGCACAUUACAGAUCACGAACGUAAGCCAAGAUGAUGCAGGAUCCUAUUUCUGCUCAGUGAAAAACUCCAGCCUGUCCAUUACUGCCAUCCUGGAGGUUCUGAACAGAACUCAGAUUAUAAGCCCUCCAGGGCACCUUCAGGUUCAACGUGGUCAGUCUGGAGUUAUGCAGUGCCAGUAUGAAGUGGACCUUCAGCUCAAGGACCCCACCAUCGUGUGGAGGAAAGACAGCCAGAAAAUCACAACAUCAGCGCAGGAUGACAAGUACACAGUGUUUGAGAACGGUUCUCUCAAAAUCACGGACCUCCAGCACAAGGACGCUGGGCGCUACAGCUGUGAGGUCAUCACUGAGCUGGACAUGGACAUAGCCUUUGGGUCCCUUACUGUGGUUGAUAAGCCGGAUGCUCCUCACUCUCUCCAGCUCUCUGAGAAGAAAAGCCGCAGUGUCACUCUCUCCUGGACCCCUGGAAAUGAAAACAACAGCCCUGUGUUGGAGUACGUGAUAGAAAUGAGAGAAGAUGUGCAUUCAGAGGCAAGUGGCUGGAAGGUGGCAGAACAAAUUUCUGCAGAAAUCAACCACAUUGAGAUUCCUUUACUGCCUUUCUGCACUUACCACUUCAGGGUGGCAGCUGUUAAUGAGAUCGGGAUGAGUGACUUCAGCAUGCCAUCAGAAUCAUAUACAACACCUCCCGCAAAACCUGAUGCUUACCCAAAGAAUGUGAGGAGCGAGUCCACUGACCCGGACAACAUGGUCAUCACAUGGGAGGAGAUGGAGCGGAAACACUUUAAUGGACCAGAUUUUAAGUAUAAGGUGUUUUGGCGUCAGUCGGCUGGCCAGCAACUAAAAUGGGAGCAUGGUUAUGUGUUCCAUCCACCAUUCACUGUCAACAAUACCGGCACCUUCACUGCCUUUGAGAUCAAGGUGCAAGCAGUUAACAAGCUGGGUGAAGGUCCCAGUCCUGCUUCUGAAAUUGGCCAUUCAGGAGAAGACCUUCCUGAGAAGCCCCCAACUGGGAUUAGAGUGUCCCAGAUUAACGGCACAGCUAUUAAUGUCACAUGGAAUGCAGUCAGUAGAGAGUCUGUACGUGGACAUUUGCUAGGCUAUAAGAUCUAUCUGCGGAGACUGCAUCCACAAGGCAUCCAUGAUCACAGAGGUAAAAGAGAGCUGGCCCUGAGGGACAUGGAGAGAGAGGAGGAGAGCAGAGUGAUUGUGGUUCAUGGAGACAGGAAAGAACAGGAGGUUCUGAGUGGUUUGGAGUUUUAUUCUGAUUACCAGCUGUCAAUCACUGCCUUCAACAGCAAAGGAGAGGGGCCUCACUCUGAGACUUAUCACUUUAGCACACCAGAAGGAGUCCCUGGCCCACCCUCCAUCUGGAAGCUUGAGAGUCCAUCAAAGACCGAGCUCACCCUCUACUGGAGACCUCCACACAAGAUGAACGGAGUCCUCAAAGGAUAUAUUCUAAAGUGCCAAGAGUUUGUAGAGAACAUUCCUGGCACACUGCAAACUAUGCCCAUUGAUGAUCCCAAAGAGACACACUUCACGCUGAGCAACCUGAACCCACAGGGCCAUUACUUCUUCGACUUGAGAGCCCUCACUAAUGCAGGAGACGGAGAUCCAGCCAGAGUUAACGGCUCCACCUUGCUUGACGGCGAGCCUCCAUCCUCUGUGAAUGUGACUGUAGGAGAAACAUUCGUGAACCUGAGCUGGGUGCCAGGCCACAGACGCCGAAACAUUGGCUUCACCGUUCAUUACCGGAAGAGUGUUGAAGGUCAUUGGGAGGAAUCGGAGCAGGUGAAUUCCGCUCUGGCCUUCUACCAGCUCCAGGGCCUUCAGCCUGGAACAGAGUACGUGCUGGAGAUCCGCCUCAGUAACGAAACCAUCUGGAUGCAGGAACUGCAGACCAAUGGGCCAGAGCUUGCAGUGGUGAAGAAUGGCUUUGCCUCUGAGGGCUGGUUUAUCGGACUAAUCAGCGCUAUAGUGCUGCUGCUACUGAUCCUGCUUAUUCUCUGCUUUAUCAAACGAAGCAAGGGCGGCAAAUACUCAGUGAAAGAUAAAGAGGAAGGCCGGGUGGACUCAGAGGCUAGACCAAUGAAGGACGAGACGUUUGGAGAGUACAGAUCACUGGAGAGCAGUGAUAACGAUGAGAAACGCUCCAUGAGCCAGCCGUCGCUGUGUGUGGAGAGCAAACGUGGAAGUGACGACAGCCUAGCUGAGUACGGGGACAGCGUGGACAUCCAGUUUAACGAAGACGGCUCGUUUAUUGGUCAGUACAGCGGCCGGAGGGACCACCAUGGCCAAGCUGGUGACCACGACAGCUCCGGGGCCGUGUCUCCCACCAAUCCCAACAUGCCUCCCCCGAGCAUGAGCUUCCCCAACUCCGUCACCGGCAUCCUGGGGGGAAACUAACAUGAACGGACUGACAAGUUCACUCCAAUACUGGCAUUCCUUCACAUACAGAUUAAUACCAAUACUGCCCGUGUGAAACAGAGCAUUCUGGGACUGAAAAUCUUUACACAAGACACGACAGGACUGAAAACGUCUGCAAAUUUUUCGCCACUGCCGACAACAUUAGAGCAGUUUCAAGCACACACAUACUCACACUCACUUUCGUCUAAAGGCCUGGAUAGACUUUAGAGAACUGACAACUUACUUUGAUGUUUGGAGAUAUGCAAUGUCAUAAAAUGUAUCCACAACUUUUCAAAAAUUUGGAAUCACUGUUUUCAACAAUACAAAACUGAUUUGGUUGUAGAAAAAUUAUAGAAUUAUAUUAACCCUGUUGAUAAGAGCGAUCUAUCACAUGAAUUUGGUGGUGGCCCCUUAAACUUGUUUAAAUCUGCUGCCAGAAGAGCUAUGAUACACAUCCACGCUGGUCACAGUGAACCGUGUCAACUUGGAGAAUCAGAGCUAAACUUGUUUUCUGUCACUGUGUAAAACAUGCACAAGGCUUCCUUCAUUGUUAACAAACACAGAUUUUCAGCUUUGUUGUUGAUCACAUUCAGGAUGAAAACAACAGCAGCAUUCAGAAAUCACAAACAGGCACGUUUUGAUCACUAUCAAUUUAAUCUUUUAAUCACCUGAAACAUUGAACAAAACAUCUAAAAAUACAUUUUACCAUAUUUCAGUCUGCAUUGUGUAAGCUAUUAUGGUGCAACAACGAUGCUAAAUAUGGUUUGUUUGUGAUAGUAACCAAUGCUGUAAACAUUAUAGAGUGUAAAGACAAACGGCAAUAAUAUCCAAGUUAUUCCACUUGGUUUUGCUGAUUGUUUUCUUAAUUUCCAUUGAUAUACAACACAAACAUUUUAUUGUCCAUCAGUUUUGAUCCAACAGUCCAACAUGAGAAGGUAAAUACACAUAAGAUCAUCAAAUAAUUAUAGUCAAAGAGAAAUAAGUUCAGUCUGUCCAGGCUUUUAGACUCAUCCCAAUGAAAAAACAGUCACUGAUCUGACGAACAUGGUGAACAGAACAUUCCAGACACAUUCCACAUCACUGAAACCUCCAAAGAAGUGUUUACGGCUGUGAGUGAGGGAUUAAUUCUGUAUUCCUCCUCCUUCUUCUCUUCUCCACUCUCCUGCUGGCCCAUGUUUGCUUCCCACCAAGCAGUUAUUCUUUCUGUAACGUUUCUUGUGAACACUCUGGGUGCAGCGAUUCCUGGGGUUUGGAUUAGGGUCAGUCUGAGGGUCAGCAUUAAAAUAACUCUAAAUUCAACUCUUAAUUCGAACCCCAUGCUGCAAAAAAUGAUAUCUUGGCGAAAAAAUAUUGUAGCAUGUAAUAUUUCUCAUUGUGAUAUUGCUGGAAGGAUAAUUUUCAGUCUAUUUCUAGGUAUGUUUUACACGCUUUAAGUAAUAUGUAGUUUUAUCUAGAUAAAUUGUCUUAUUCCAUCAUUAUUUCAUGAAACAAGCAAAAUUACUGCCAUUAUUUAUCAAAUCGAAAUUUGUCCGCAUUACUUCUUGAAAGAGUUUUAAACUUAAUAAAUUCACUUAAAAAUUACUUAAAGCAAGUAAAAAUAACUCUAGGAUUAGGUUAAAUCAUAACAUUCUUGCAGCGUCUUAUAAUGAGAAAUAUUAGAUAUUUUGACUAGAUUUAGGAUGAUUCCAUUUGCAUACAAGAUAUGAUUUGUUGCAGUGUAACCAAAGCCUUAAUCUCAUAUCAACAUCUAUGAUGCAUAAUGCAUUUAAAAAAACUGCAAAUGAUUUCCAGUCAUUGUUCUGAAGUGGAUAUUACUAUAACAUUAGUACAUUAAUAUUAUAUGAUACGGUUUCAUAGAUCAGGUAUUCAUAGGGAAUGUUACUGAGUGCCAUGUCCUCAUCUCUGUUCUUAUGCCUCUUUCACACUACAUCUUUUUUUUCUUGUAAAUCUGCAGUUUUUUGCUGCUGGUGUGGUGUGGAAGUCUGAGGGAAUGUUCUGUUUCUGUUGUAAGUGGUGUAAUGUGAAAGGGGUCAUUACUGCACACCAGAAUGAAGAUUAAGAGACAGGGAGGAAAAAGAAGGGAGGAAAGGAAGACAAAAGAAACAGAGAGAAUGGUGGAGAAAGAAAGAGUGGUCAAGGAAGAAGGAGGAAGUUACGUAGGUUGAAGUCUAAGUAAAGUACCAAUACCACAAAUAAGAAGUUAUGUGGGGCUGAUGAUUUUUUUUCUCAUGAUGUUCAUAUCACUUUUUUAUACUCAAAUAUUUAUUUUCUUUCACUUUAUAGAAUUUUAUUUCACAUUUUUUUUUUAUAAAUGUAUCUAUUUUUGUUUGUUACAUUUUGCAUUUUUUAAGAUUUUAUCUGUCUGAGUGCCUGGUUUACAUCUGCACAUCUAUCCAUCCUUUUGUACCUUAAAGCAAAACCUUUACCCCAAGACACAUUUUCCUCAAUGCACACAUUUCAGAGUUUACUUACUUAGUGCAAAAUCUUAUAAAACCUUUUCAGUUUAGUCUAUAUCACAACCAGUUUCCCAAUGUGUUAAAUCCGAUGUCCUAUAGUACCACAUUGUACUAUAGUAAUACUCUAUUACUCUCAUAUGCAUACAGUGUAUAACUCUUUGUCUGACAUUUAUAAUUCUUCCUUAUGGAUGUAUCUCAUUUUGAACCAUUAAGAAAGAUUCAGGAAUCAUAUAUGUAUAUCAUUACCGGUGUAUUGUCAUCCAGAGGGUGUUAUGUAUUCAAAGUAGUGUAUUUGUUGCAACUCGAUAUAAGGCAAAACCUUAAAAAAGUCAAUUCAACAGCAGCAGUGGAGCCAAAUUUUGUGCUUUUUGUGCUUUUACUCAAUCAGAAAGCUAAGCAUUUUCUAUAUUUGCUGGAGCAACUAACCGCAUGAGAGGCAGUCGUGAGUAUGAACACUAAUACAGCGAUUUGUGUGUGAGGUCGUGCCUGUUUUUAACCCCUAGUGCUGAAGCAGUCACUAUUUUGUGCUGGAAUCCUGAUGAGAUGCCUUACAGAAUUUUCUUAUGGCUCCUGUUCCUCCUUUUUUAUCUGUACCAAGUGUCUUUUUUGCAUCUGUCCCAUCAACCAUGACCAUCGAGACACUGUAAAACCUGCUGCGUUGUUCAGUCCAUCAAUAACAAGCAGCUGUGGAGCCUCACAAAGGAACUGAACUACUGUGAGUUAUUCCACAAUUCACUUAGGACUUGGCGGGCCACAUCAUGGCUUUUCGGAGGAGAAAGAAAACAGUAAAAAAAAAAUCUAUUUAACUCUUACAUCCAUGCGAAAUUUCAAAACUGUGUUCCAAAUAUUUUUUCAGUUCUGAUUUUUUGAAGGUAUGGUGGAAUAUGUUUCCUUGAAAAAAGGGAUAUAGACUUCCUGGAGCAUUGUAAAGGAAAAUUUGUAAAUCAGUUUUUUCCUCGUAUACUUCAUGCUUAGAAAAUUACUAAACCAUGAAGUACAAAUACCAAACUUGUAAAUUUAUCUUUAUAUAAUAGUAUAUAAUAGUAAGAUAUGCCUGUCCUUAUUGAGAAAAAAAAAAGAAAUUUCUUUUAAGAAAAUAAAUGGCCACAAAUAGUUGAGGCAACUGGGGUCAACUUUAAAAAAUCAUAACUAAAAAACUAUUUGCCACACAGGUUUGAAAUUGUGCAUGUUUGCAUAAAUUAAGUUGGAAUUUUUUCUUGAAUUUUUUCAUUGAAAGCCAUUUGACCUGCCAGGUCCUAGGUAAGUGAAAUAACUUUUGUGUGAGUUUGUUGUUUCGGCAGCUGUUUCCUUCACUCUUUUGUGUGUUGUGGAGGAACACUUGCCCAUGUUUAGACUCUCCUCUCCAUCGUAAAGGCUAGUAAGAGUCCAGCUAUACGAAUACGCUCUCAAAAAAUUUGAGUCAUGCUGGCAGAUAAGAGUCAUGUAAGAGAUACCCAGGAAGAAUCGGUGAGGCGAGAAUGAAUCACUUAUCAACUAUCACAUUUUGAAUGUAAAUAAACCUGAAGAUUGUCAUUUAGUAUUUUGCUUAACUUUUUUUCCUCAAAGGAUUUCACUAUCAUUUUUUAUAUAUGUGCACUCAUGCUAUUAGUGAUCCAACGCCAUUAGAGCAUUUCUUAUUUUCCUAUUUGAUAUGUUUGAUAUGACUUUUGGAAGAUUAGGAAAUGAUCAGGUGGGACUCCAACUUUGUUUUCUAAAAAAAAAAAAGCAUCCUAGCUACUGAUAUGUACAUUAUUUAAUGAAAAUGAUCCAGCGCUAAAUGAAGUGCAUUUGGAGCAAUGUCAUUUAUGCAGUUGGAGAGUGGAGUGAAGGAAAAGCUCUUACUGUAGGGGGCGCUCUCAGGGCCGUGGUUUAUAAUGGACUCAAAAUAAUGACACUUUUAGCUAAAGGUGAGCAAAAAAGCUGCCUAAUCUUAACAGCAUAAGUUAGAUUGGACCACUGUGGAGUAUAAUACACAGUUCAUUUGGUGUGCUGUUAGAUUUGCUAAGCUCUUUUUUGUUCAGAUAAAUAGGAUAAAUCAUUUUAAAUUGAAUAAGUAUAUUUGUUCCCAACAUUUUAUGCUUUUUUAAACAAAAAGUUUUCAUAUAAAAAUAUUUCAGAUUCAGUUAUACUUAGCUGUUGAUUAGUGGUCCAAAUUUGCACUUACAUCUCAAGUUUUUUGCCUUUCUGACCUUCUGACCAAAACCCACGGUGAUGACCCACUGGAGUCAGAUGCAUGAUAAAUAUUUAAACCACCAUAGAUUCAGUCUAAAAAAACACAUGUAGUCAAUUAAAUGCAUUAAAUAUCUAUUUUCAUAUGAAGGGAAUGUGUUUUGUGAAACCUGUGGGUUUUCAUUGUGUACUUUUGGUGCAGUUAUGUUGAGAUAACUCUGAAUUAAGCAGCAGUUUCCUCUCACUUCACUUUCCAACCUUUUUUUCUGGAAUAUGUUAAUAUUGUAUGUAAACUUCUUCCUAUUGCCGCGCUCUUUUUUGAAAAUAAAUAGUGAAAAAGACAAUAAAAAGGCAUAGUAAAGUAAAAAAAUAAAAGAAAGAAAAACGAACAGUCUCUAUAAGCAGCAGUUAAAGCGUGUUAAGAGAUUGUGGUGAUGAGGAGAGAGUGGACGUUAAUAAUAUUUGCCGAUGGUCAGUUCCUCCUCAGACACAGUGGCUUUGUACCUGCUGAUUGCAUUAUGUGCUGUAUCUAAAAACUAAAUAAAAAAAAGACAUGGAGUAAGAAAA